AUGCCUUCCUGGAUAUCGCGAGCCACUGAGUCUCACAAUGCUCAGCUUAUCACGACGGCCGCCGUAUCAGGCUUCGUCGUGGGGAGUGCGAUUCUCGGAUUCCAAAAGGCUCGACGGAUGACAAGGGUCGCGGAUCUGAAAGCAUCGAUUCCAGAUCUCAGUGACGAUCAUCGCGCGUCCAGAUUAACUGAAUAUGGCGCUGCUUCAAAUGUCUUUGCUCCAAGCAAGGAAGAUGAACGGAGUAUGGCAUUAGCCGCAAGAGCAAGGAAAGGCGAUUAUGACGAUGAUCUCAUCCUUGAACAACUGGCGAGAAACAGAGUAUUCCUCACAGAUUCCGGCAUAGCCAAGUUGAGGAACGCUUUCGUGAUUGUCGUCGGAUGCGGAGGCGUCGGAUCACAUGCGACAGCCGCUCUCGCUCGGUCAGGAUGCUCCAAGCUUAGGCUCAUCGAUUUUGAUCAGGUCACGCUCUCUUCGCUCAACCGCCAUGCUGUUGCUACUUUGGCAGAUGUUGGAACGCCCAAGGUACACUGUCUCCGAAAACGACUUGAGCAGAUCACUCCCUGGACGCACUUCGAAUGCCGGAAUGAACUCUUUGGCGAGCAAACCGCAGCAGCACAACUAGCACCCUUGAAUGGCCAACAGCCAGAUUUCGUCAUUGAUGCGAUCGACAACAUCGACAGCAAAGUUGCACUUCUGGCAUACUGCUACAUGAACAACAUCAAGGUCAUAUCUUCCAUGGGCGCAGGGUGCAAGUCUGACCCUACAAGAAUCUUCAUCGGCGACAUCUCUGGGAGCACAGACGACCCCUUAUCAAAGUCUACCAGAAGAAAGUUGCGGUUGAAGGGCGUCAAAGAUGGCAUACCAGUUGUAUACUCUACUGAGAGGCCCGGUCCUGGAAAGGCUGAGCUUCAGCCUCUUUCUGAAGAAGAAUUUGCCAAAGGCAACGUUGGAGAGCUGGGUGUUCUCGCAGACUUCCGCGUACGAAUUUUGCCCGUCCUGGGUACUAUGCCAGCCAUCUUCGGCCUAGCUGUUGCGAAUCAUGUCAUUCUUUCCAUCUCCGGUUACCCUCAUGAAUACCUGCCGUCAAAGUCUCGCGACAAGAUGUACGACGGAAUCUUGGGUGCUCUUCAAGGAGCUGAAGAACGGCUAGCCCGCGCAAUCUUCAACGAGGAUCCACUGGGCCUCAAGAUUCCCAUCACACAAGACGACGUCGGUUAUCUGGUGGAAGAAGUAUUCAGCGGACGAAGCAUCAUCAGUGGAUUGUCUACACGUCUAGCAUUGACGCGAUGGACCAAGCCAACCCAGAGCUUUCUUGACCAGAGCACACCAGGUCAGAAGAAUAGUAACCUUCAGAUGAAGGACCUAGUUCUCAUGACCAAGGAAGAGGUAACAAGGCAUGAGAAGGAAGUGUUGAAAGGCCAAAAGAACCUGGAGGAGGUAUAUGACGCCGAAACGAUUGAGCGUGUCAACAAAAGAAUGGCAGAAGAAGAGAAGUUCCAACGCUUCAGGUAA